AUGUUGCGAUCGACUCUUCUAGCUGUUGCGGCAGUCUUGUCAAAUGUCGCUUAUGGCGCACUCACCUACAAGGGAGCCGAUAUCAGCUCCCUGAUAAUGCUAGAGAAUCAAGGAAAGACUUUCAAGACGAGUGCCGGAGUCACUCAACCUCUUGAAUGUAUGUCGAUGUUACAUCAUACUGUGAUGGUUCUAGAGCUAAUCCAAGUUCGUUANGCUAUUCUCAAGCAGUCAGGAGCAAACUCGGUCCGUCAAAGAGUUUGGGUCAACCCUGCUGACGGCAACUACAACCUCGACUAUAAUGUCAAGUUGUCCAAGCGUGUUGUCAACCAAGGCAUGAGCGUGUACCUCGAUUUCCAUUACUCGGACACCUGGGCAGAUCCGUCGCAUCAGACGACUCCUGCCAAGUGGGACGACAGCACCAUCGGUCAACUCAAAUGGACAGUAUACAACUACACGUUGGCAGUAUGCAACCGCUAUGCAGCCGAAGGCAUCAACCCAGCCAUCGUGUCGAUCGGCAACGAGAUCCGAGCUGGUCUGUUGUGGCCUUUGGGAGGCACAAGCUCUUACUACAACAUUGCCGACUUGCUCCACUCUGCCUCCUCUGCCAUCAAGGACUCCAAGCUCUCCAGGAAGCCUAAGAUCAUGAUCCAUCUCGACAACGGCUGGGAUUCUGGUACUCAACUCUGGUGGUACAAGAACAUUCUCGGUCAGGGGCCUCUGAAGUCGACCGACUUUGACAUGAUCGGUGUUAGCUACUAUCCUUUCUACAAUGAGAAGGCAUACCUGGGUAGCUUGAAGUACUCGCUGCAGCAACUUGCAUCUACAUAUGGCAAGCAACUGGUUAUUGCUGAGACCAACUGGCCUGCAAAGUGCAGCAAGCCGGCGUAUAAGUUCCCUUCUGAUGCUACCUAUAUCCCCUUCUCGUCGGCUGGACAGGAGGAAUGGAUCGAGGCUGUUGGAAAGAUCGUGGCUGGUGUCAAGGGCGGAGCUGGUCUUUACUACUGGGAGCCGGCUUUCUUGGGCAAUGCAGGUUUAGGAUCGAGCUGCGAGGACAACCUAUUGGUGGAUGGCAACGGUAAGGCGACCGUGGGCAUGUCUGCUUUCAAGAACAUUUAA